UUUUUGAUAACGAUUCUCGCCACUCUCAGAUCGUCACCGUCGCACUGAGUAAACAGCACUAGCACAAUGAGGAGUAUAUAUUUGCUUAUGAGUAUUCUUGCACUUACAUGCAUCUCGUGUUGUUGGGCAAGAGAUCUAAUAGUGGGUACGAGCUAUAAUACACGUUUAACUUGGCAAACGAGAGCUGACUACAUGGGUAUUCCUUUUAAGAAGCGUGUGAAGGAAGUUUUUUAUUCUGACCCCGGUCAACAAAUUAUCAGGGGUAUAAUUGCAAGAGACAUCGAUCAUACGGAUGCCAGUGCGACCUUAACGGCUGGUGGUGUUGGAUUCACGUAUGCAAACAUUCGUCUUAAAAGUGCACGUGGCAAUGGGCUUCACUAUCAAAUAGAAAUUUAUGUAUAAUGUAAGGUUGCCACUUCCACUUUUUGAUUUAAGCCGACAGCAUAAAAAGUACCUACUGGUUUUAAAUUUUCUAUUAUGAUAAUAUAUUUGUAACUUCAGUAAGUAGGAGCAUUUAUUUUGUUUGUACCUAUGUAUGCUUAUGUUUUGUCUAUUUAAUCGAAAGAACUUAGGUUAAUACAACUUCCAUAGUGGAUCCAUACUAAUUUUAUCAAAAUUUAUAUCAGUUUUAUAUUGCAAAAGAUAUUAAUUUAGUGCAUUAAAUUAUUAUGUAUAUAUAUAUAUGUGUACAUAUAUGUAUAUAAAUUAUUAUACAACAUAAAAAAAAAUAUUUAAUGGUUUCAUGACGCAAAUAUAUAGGCCCUUACAUUAAUUAGAUAAGGCACCAGCCGCGGCAAAAUUUGUACGAUAAAUAAAUACCAGCUAUUUC